AUGGCUCAGAGUUCUAAGGAACCAAAGGUUAGUUUGAGACUUAUCAUUGAUGAAGAGAAAAAUAAGGUCGUUCUAGCUGAAGCUGGUAAAGAUUUUGUUCAAGUGCUCUUCAGCUUUUUGACAUUGCCGAUGGGAACAAUCGUCAGAUUGCUUGAAAAGCAUCAAAACUCUGGUCCAGUUUCUAUUGGAUGUAUUAGCAACCUUCAUAGAAGUGUUGUGGACAUGAAGAUUGAUGAUUUUGAGACUGAAGCUUGUAAGCAAAUGUUGAUUUAUCCAAAGAACAUUAGGGAAGCUCAAUACAGAAGCCUUAAGCCUAACAGAGACCCUACUGAUUUCUUCAAGUGCUUUGGGUGCCAAUACUUCGGUCUUUGUAGAAUGUGCAGUAACUUUGACACGUCCAUAUGUAAAUAUGGAGAGGUGAUGAAUGAGGAGAUAAGUUUCUCAGAAUAUGAGCAGUUUGAAGACAGCAUGCAAAAUGCUGUCCACGGAGUAUUUACUAGAGGCAAGUCUUCAUUUAUCAUAACCGACGACUUAAGACUCAAAGAUCUUGGUUUAGUUGAUCAUGAUUUGAGCUGUGUUAUAGGCUUAUCAUCAGUUUUGUUCAAUAUCCCUAAUUUUGAACGCUCACGUAAAAACAGUGUUUCAAACUGA